GACAGAUUUACUGUUUGUUUAUUUCUCUUGCGAAAAGUCAAAUUUUUCUAACGACAACGACAUGGGAAAUUUGGUUUACUAUUUUUUACCGACCGUUUUACUUUUAGCUUUAAUUAGAAAAUACCGCGAAUCAAAAUGGGGCAAAUGCACGAACAACGUUCAAUUAAACGGGAAAACUGCCAUCGUAACCGGCGCUAAUUCGGGUAUAGGUUACGAAAUUGCCAAGGAAUUAGCAGCGAGGAAAGCACAAGUCAUUCUAGCUUGCAGGACGUUGGAUAAAGCUAAGCAAGCUUGCGUUAGCAUUAAGACAGACCAAAUAAACGCGACUCUUAUUCCGAUGGAAUUGGACUUGGGCUGUUUGAAAUCGAUCGAGAAAUUCGCAGAGAACAUCAAAAGCAAACACCACGAAAUCCAUUUGUUGAUCAACAACGCAGGCGUGUCCUAUCCGAACAAUCGCCGUUUGGAGACAUCUGACAAUUUCGAAAUCCACUUUGGGGUAAACUACCUGGGGCACUUCUUCCUGACGAAUUUACUCCUCGACAAUCUAGCCAAAGCUUCCAGCAAAACGGCCAAGAGCCGAGUGGUGGUGUUGGCCUCGUCCCUGCACGAACGAGGCAACAUACGAUUGGACGAUCUCAACAGUAUACAAACAGCUCACCAAUCGAAUUUGUACGCCAACUCCAAAUUGGCCAACAUUUAUUUCGCUUCGGAAUUUGCACAGAGGGCCAAAGAUAGGAACGUCAACGUGUAUGCUUGCUGUCCCGGUUGGGUGUAUACCAAUCUCUUUCGACAUACGCUUAGUUGGUAUCAUUUCUUCUUAGUAGCACCGGUGGCUUUCUUCUUCAUGAGGAGCGCUAAACAAGGUGCUCAAACGCCUUUAUUUUGCGCCACAGAACCGGAGCUGGAAAACGAAAGUGGCCUCUUGUAUAGAGAUUGCAAGCACUACAAUAGCAAGGUGAUUUUCUACGAUAACGUGUCGACUAAAUUAUGGAUGGAGACCGAAAAUAUGAUCAACAAAACGUCGAGGAAGUAACUCGUAGUCUAGAUUUUGUUUUGUUUUAUUACUAAAUUUAUUGUUUAAUA